UCAUCAAUUUAAUAUACUUUAUAGAUUAUAAUUCUUACUAUGGUAAAUUUAUUUUCCAUAAAAAGCGAUAAUAAAAUUUUUAAAUUAUCAUUAAAUGUACUAUGAUGUAAAAAAAAAUCUAAGAAAUACAAAGGUUGUUGUAAAAUUGUUGUUGUUUUAAUUUAUUAAAAAAAAAAUUUUUUCUUUGCAGUACGUCUAGAAACAAAAAAUAUCAUUUAAAAAAUUGAAAAAAAAAAAUAAACCAGUCAUGGACCCAUGUCAAUUAACUAUUUUAUAUUCAUUUUUUUCUAUUUUUCUAUUCGAAAUUUUUAUUUUUCGAUUCGAAAUCUUCUUUACCAAAACAAAAUAAAAAAAAAUAUUACAAUGCUUAUAAAUGGAUCAACGUCUCUCCUUUAUAAACAACAUAAUAUAAUUAUAUAUUUAUAUUAUGUUGACCUUUAUUAACUGAUUGUUUAUGAAUAUAAAAAAAAAAUUAAAUAUUUAUAUUUAUUACUGAGUUGUAGUAUAAACGACAUUGAUAUUUUUGAUUUAAAAAUUUAUAUAAAAUUAAUUUUACGUAACUAAAAAAAAUUUGCAUUAAUUUGUUGAUGUUUUUUUUAAAGGACAAUGUGCAAAUAUAUAUAGUGGGGUAUUGAAGUGAAUUUUAAAAAGCAAACUCACAUUUAUGCCAGUUACCAGUUGUCUCUUGUCACGAAUCAACUUAUUUCUUUACAAAAAAAAUCAAUUUUAUAUUUUUGAAUUAAAAUGGAAUUAAUAACAGCUGCAACGUUCAUUUUUGUUUCUAUUAUUACAAUACUUUUGGUUUAUGAUUAUUAUAUUCACAACAAUAGAAGAGGCAAAUAUAUAUCUAAAAUUCCAGGACCAAAAUCAUAUCCAAUCAUUGGAAAUGCUCUUGAUGUGAUGGUACCACUUGAGGAUAUUUGGCAUUUUUUUCGUAGAAUUGGAAGAGAUCAUUAUCCAGUGAGUAAAUUUUGGAUAGUUAAUUGGCCAGUUGUUAAUGUUCAUCAUCCAGAUGAUGUUGAGAUUAUUCUCAGCAGUACAAAAAAUAUUGAAAAAAAUAUUUUUUAUGAGUUACUUCAUCCUUGGUUAAAAGAAGGUCUCUUGACAAGCAAAGGAGAUAAAUGGCGUAGUAGAAGAAAAAUUCUAACUCCAGCAUUUCAUUUUAAUAUACUUCAAGAAUUUUCACAAACAUUAAUUGAACAAACGAAAAAUUUAAUUGAAACACUUCAAAGUGAAUCAAAGUCUGGUGAAGUUGUCAAAGAGCUUCUUCCGAUACUCAGUAAAUUUACUCUCAACACAAUAUGUGAAACAGCAAUGGGAGUUACUGUGGAUAAAAAAUCAACUGACCAAGAUAAUUAUCGAAAAUCAAUUUAUGAAAUUGGUUUAAUAUUUUACUACAGAGCUGUACGUCCAUGGUUAAAAAAUGAAUGGAUAUUUUCAUUGACAAAAAAAGGCAAAGAAAAUAUAAAAAUUUUAAAAACUUUACAUAAUUUUACAUCAAAAAUAAUUGGUGAACGUAAAAAAUAUCACAAAGAAACAAAAGGAAUAUAUUUAAAUGAAUUUACAAAUAAAAUUGAUGGUAAUAAAGACACAGAAGAUAUUGAAGAUAAAAAUUCAAAAAAACGUUUAGCAUUUUUGGAUCUAUUAAUUGCUGCAUCAGAAAAAAAUCAUGUGAUUGAUGAUGAAGGAAUUAGAGAAGAAGUUGAUACAUUUGUUUUUGAAGGACAUGACACAACAGCAAUGGCUUUAUUUUUUACAAUUUUGCUACUUGCUGAACAUACAGAUAUUCAAACAAUUGCGAGACAAGAAGUUGAUGAAAUUUUAAAUGAAACAAAUGGACAAUUAACAUAUUCAGCAAUACAAAAAGUUUCUUAUUUAGAAAGAUGUAUUAAAGAAUCUCUGAGGAUGUAUCCAAGUGUACCAAUUAUUGGUAGAAAUAUUACUGAAGAUAUAAAAUUAAAGCAUUGUUUUGUACCUGCUGGAUCUAUUUUAAAUAUUCAAAUUUUUGAUACUCAUCGUGAUCCAAAUUUUUGGGAACGACCAAAUAUUUAUGAUCCUGAUCGUUUUUUGCCAAAUAAUACAAAAAAUCGUCAUCCAUUUUCUUAUGUACCAUUUUCAGCUGGACCUCGAAAUUGCAUUGGUCAAAAAUUUGCAAUGCUUGAAUUAAAAACAGUCUUAGCUGGACUUUUACAUAAUUUUAAAUUUGAAGCAAUGGAAAGUGCUGCAAAUAUUAGAAUUCUUCCUGAUCUUGUUAUCAGAUGUGCACAUCCAGUUAAUGUUAAAUUCAUACCAAUUAAAAAAUAAUUAUAAAAAUACAUAUAUACAAUAAUUAUUAUGUAUUAUUAUAUCAAUUUACUUUACAUUAAUAUUUUAUUUGAAAUUGCUAAAUGGCACUGAAACGAGGGAAAUAGCAUCACCCAGUGAAUUUAUUUGUUUAAAUAAUUUAUAAAUAUGUAAAUAAUUAUUUAAAAAAUAUUACAUUAAUGGAAAAGUUAAUAAUAUUAUUAUUUCAACAUCAAGAGGGAGUGGUGAAAGGGAGGGAAUUAAUAGGUGAAGCACCACAUUGUAUUUAAUGAUACAAAUAAUUUUACGAUUGUUAACUUAUUAUCGGAAAUUCUGUAACUUUGACCAUUGGUGUUUAGCACAUUGUGUAUUGAUCGGUUUAAAUGCACUGUAUAUUAAACUACUCCCCAACUUUCCAACAAAUUCACAACACAAUUUCAAUUAUCUAGAAAAAAAAAAAUAUAUUUUUUCAAUUUAUUUCAAUGUUUUUUUAUUCAAAAUUGAAAUUAAUUAUUAUAAAGUAUAGAAAAAUGAAAAAAAAAACAAAAUCCAAUUUUCAAAUUGAAGCAAAAGAAAAAUAUAAUAUAUUUUUUAAAUUUCAACACAAAUUAUUUAUGUGUAAUUAAAUGAGUAUUUUAUUUUUCAAAUUUCAUAUAUCUAUAUUGAUAAAAAAGACGUAUAAAAAAUUAAAAAGUUAUGAUAUUGAUGAAAGAAAAAAGAAGGAGGAAGAGGAGAAAGUGCGUUAUACUCUCACAUUCACAUAGCUCAAAAAUAAAAUCCAUGAAAAUUCAUUAGAAUAUAAAAACACAAAUAAUAUUCUAUAAAAAAAAAAAAGUAAAUCAUUUAAAUUAUAUUUUAUAUAUUAAAAAUUAUUAUUUCAUUUAAAAUUAUUUUAAUGAAAAUACACACUGGGAUACAGGUCAUUCGAACGGU